AUGCGUGCAGCAGGCAGCACCGGGGAGGAAACCGAGCCGCUUUUAAGUCGUCCCCAAUGCCGCGCAGCCCCGCCACAGGCGCAGCGGGCUGCCUCCCGCCCGGGCUGCUUUUGGCGAGCCGCAGCAAGCCACCUGAAUUAAUCUGCAUAUUCACAUGAACGCAAAUAAGGAGCAGCCGGCGGCCCGGCGGCGGUUUCUCAAGCACCGCGCACCUAUAAGGCAAAGCAGUAAGUGUGGACGUCUGUGCAAGUGUGAAAGCAUCAUGGUGGCGUUCAAAGGAGUCUGGACUCAGCCCUUCUGGAAAGCUGUCUCAGCAGAGUUUUUGGCCAUGCUAAUUUUUGUCCUCCUCAGCCUCGGCUCUACAAUCAACUGGGGUGGAUCUGAGAAGCCCCUGCCUGUUGACAUGGUCCUUAUCUCUCUCUGCUUUGGACUCAGCAUUGCAACCAUGGUGCAGUGUUUCGGACACAUCAGCGGAGGCCACAUUAACCCUGCGGUGACCAUCGCAAUGGUCUGCACAAGGAAGAUAAGCCUGGCCAAGUCCGUCUUCUACAUUGUCGCCCAGUGCCUGGGGGCCAUCGUGGGGGCAGGCAUCCUCUACCUCGUCACGCCGCCCAGUGUGGUGGGUGGCUUGGGAGUGACAACGGUGCAUGGAGAUCUUUCCGCUGGCCAUGGACUCCUGGUGGAGCUGAUAAUUACAUUCCAGCUGGUUUUUACUAUUUUUGCCAGCUGUGAUUCAAAACGAAGUGAUGUCACUGGUUCAGUAGCUUUAGCAAUUGGAUUUUCUGUUGCAAUUGGACAUUUAUUUGCUAUCAAUUACACUGGUGCCAGUAUGAACCCUGCUCGAUCAUUUGGCCCUGCUGUCAUCAUGGGGAAAUGGGAAAACCAAUGGGUGUAUUGGGUAGGACCAAUAAUUGGAGCAGUCCUUGCUGGUGCUCUUUAUGAAUAUGUCUAUUGCCCAGAUGUUGAACUCAAGCGCCGUUUUAAAGAUGUCUUCAGCAAGGCCACCCAGCCAUCCAAGGGGAAAUACAUGGAGGUCGAUGAUAACAGGAGCCAUGUAGAGACCGACGACCUGAUCCUGAAGCCUGGUGUUGUUCAUGUGAUUGAUAUUGACAGGGGUGAAGACAAGAAGGGGAGAGAUCCAUCCAGCGAGGUACUGUCUUCUGUAUGACUAGCAAGGAGCACUGAAAGCAGAGAGCAGCCUGCUAGUACGUCCACGGAUAUCCUUCCACCUAUUAAAGAAACAGAUCUCCUGUAAACUGUGCAUAUACCAUUUCAUAAAAGGUAUGGUGCAGGCAGCAGUGUGGUGGUGGCAUUGCCAAACUAUACUGAUCAGGAGGGAUACUAGAAUUUUGCCAGAAUUAGGAUUCCCCACACAUUAUUGCAAAUUAAGAGAUUUCCCUACUCUCUUCCUCUCCUUCAUUAUGGAACAUCCGCAAAGUCAAAAAAGAGACGAAAGCAUUUUCCUUUAAAAAAUCAGUCAAUAAUGAGAUGAAGAUAGAGAUGUUUAACAUUCAGAUUGACAGUUAAGACAUAUCAGGAAAUGCCUAUAGACAUAAAGACCUAUUUAUUGGAUUGUUCUUCUGACACUUAAUUGGCUGUUGUCAACUCUGAUUAGAACAUCUUAUCCAUUAAGCGUUCUUUGCUAGGUCCAGGGACAACAUCAAUGGUACUUAAGACUUUUAUCAAAAGUCAAGCAAAGGAGUGUUUGUUUCCAUUUGCAUGCAUCAUUAUUGCCUUGCAAACUACCUCUGAAAAAAUAUUUUAUAGGUUUUAAAUAUCUAUCACCCCAUCAAAUCUCACUCAUUUGCUUUGCAGUAUAAAUAUAUUACUUUCAUACCUUCCCAGGAGUAAAUACACUGAAAUUGAAAAGUAAAACCUACUGUAAUAAGACUGCAAAGCAUUUGUCUGUUCUUCAUGCUAGCUUGUGUCACUGUCUUUCUGGUGAAACAUUCUCUUGAGGUUUGACUAUUGAGCAUUUAGUGCUAGCAGACUCUCAAGGUCAUGCAGAGAAUAUGAAGGCUGUCCUGUUACUUAAUAACUCAAGAGAUAUAAGAAGAAAAGAAUGCAUAUCUGUUUUCAGUGCACUUGUUCAAAUAUACAUUUCUGUGCCAAUUUAUGUAAACUAAAGGUUUAAAUUACUUAUCUACUUUCUUACAAGAUGGUUGGAGAUAUGAUUUUUUUUAAAUUUAUUAGUAAUGUAGAGGGUUUUUAACUUUUAACUGUAUUGAAACACUGAUUGGGAAAUAUUUUUUUAUAACAGAUGAUAAAAAUGACUGCUUUUGGCUUUUUGUUGUAAUUGAUCUCUAACUAGUUGAACAGGAUCCAUGCUUGUUUCACUAUUGCUAUAGUCUUAAUUACAUAGCUGGAAAAGCUUUUUUAAUAUGUUAGGGAGAAAUGCAAGCACUUGCAAGGAUUUUAGGGGAAAAGGAAAUGAAAUAUGAUCAGUAAUUAGUCUUUCUCUUAUAGAACUAUUUCACUAGACAACCAACCCAACAAAACAUUUCUAUAAAGCUGUUGCUGACUUUAUUACUGGCUUUUGUUUCAAUCAGUUGCUUUGAGUAUUACAAUAUGCAGCUGCAGAGCAGUCAAAAGCUUCAUUAUUAUUAUAAUCAUACAGAUUUUAUUUUAAAUUGAAAACCUAUUCCUGCCUACUUGGCAAUAAGGGGAGGGGAAAAAGCAUUGGUCCUGACUGUGGCCUGUAACAGACUUGCCUGCUCUUUGACAUUACUCCACAUGCAAUCUUUAUCAGGUGGAACUAGAUGUUUCUAGUGAGGAGAUGAUAAAGUGCUGCUAAACUCCAAUCUGUGCAUUUUGAUCAAAGGCCAAUUCUGCUAUCCCAGCUCAUAACACUGGAUAGUCCUAGCGUAUACUGUUAUGUUCAUUUUCCUGGUGUCACUUUUCUUGUAUUAGAAGCAUGUUAGGCAGGCUCACACAAGCUCCCUGCAUUCAGUGUGAGAUUCAGGACUCUGCCAGGUGCUUCCAGUUUGGGCAUGAUCUCCUUGCUGCUCUGUGCAGCUCUGGCUGUAUAGGCGGAGCACAGCAUGUGGCACAUGUGGGCAUGGGACUAGGCUUCCUUGAAUGGUCACAUAGCAUGUGGCACACAUGGGCAUGGGUAUGAGCUUCCCUGAGUUACCACGCAGCAUACUGCACAUGUGGACAUGGUACUGCACUUCCCAGAGUGAUCCAUCCUAGCCCUGUCUCCGCUCACAGUGUCUCUCUCCUCUAGCACAUGAGCCACCCCACCAGCCCCAUCUCAUACCUGUUGAGGCAUCGCAGCAGUGGCUACCUGUGGAUUCUGGUGAAAGAGCAGGAUGUUUGUCCUCAGCUGUACACCUGACACAGUGACAGCGCUGCUAGGGCAUGAGUGUGGUUAGGGGCUUUCAAGACACCAUUUCAAAUGGCAGAUAAAAGGUCUUUCCUGCAGCGAGGAGCAAGUCUCCUGUGGGGAAGGCAACACAGAAGUGGUGUUUAGACCCCCUACAUGGCUGCUCUUGGAUGGGUAAAUUUCAGGCUAAAUACAUGAGAAAGUAUAAAACUUAUGCUUUUUUUUUUUUCCCCUUUAGGUGUUUGUUCUAACUUUUUUUUUCCAAAUGCCGUAUUUGUUAAAGGGGCGCUUUGAUAAACCUUUCGCAUGGCUUUAGUGGACAAAGUAAUGUGUGUAGCCCUGGUGGACUGUUAAGAAGUUUUGCAUUUUGACAUGUAAAAAUACUCUGUAGAAGCUCAUAAUUUGUGAAUUUUGCAUGGUAUUAUUUAAAUAAGAAGCUGUGACUUGUUUUAUGCUUAAGGGUCCUUUUACACAAAUGGCAUGUGAUGCAUAUUUUCUUCAUUCAGCUUGAUUCUACUGCUGAGGUGAGCAUAACACUAGUAUAAUAUUAGCUAAGUCAGGAGACUUUUCUUCUCUUUCUCCUUCAUUAAUGAAUUGUGGCAAACUCUCAGAACCAGUCCCAGGAGAACUCCUCACAGAAAGUGAGUAUUGGAGAUAAGGUACAGGCUGUUUCAGGACAAGUUUCUUUGAUCCUGGGCUACUUCAGGAUCUGAUGGCUCCUCUCACUGUGGUUUCUGCAAAAUUGGAGCCUUUGGGCAAGAUGCUUAGUUCUAGAAGGAGAUGCAUUUAACUUGAGUUUUAUGACCCACCCUAAAGUAAAUUCUUAGUAGUAGUUGUCGUAACUGUCCGUUCUACCCCACCACAAGAGAUCACUAUUAAUGGAAGGGAAUGCCACGCUUCAGCAUGCCUCAGGGCUUGAUUCAGCUUUAACCUCCAGGGCUACAUUGCUCUCUAAGUUGUUUUGCAGUGGUAUCAUCAACAUAAAAUUACAUUUGGUUAAAUAAUAGACCAGUGUGACCUUUUUCAUGGCCUGCAAGUACUUUUGCCUUAAUACAAUUUUAAAACAUACAUUUUAAUACUGUUUGCGUUAGAUUUAUGCUAAAAGGCCUUCAGCUCUAAAUUGCAGCUAGUAAUAUAACUCAAUGUCCUCUAAAAGUAUUUGUUGGUUGAGGUGGGAAAUGGCAAAUGUCUUUGGUUUAUGAUGGGAGAUGGGUAUUGUAGUAAGCACACCAGACAUGUCGUCAUAAUUGUCGGGUCCUAAAAUAUAGGCGAUGGAUGAGCCUCUUGCUCCUCCAUGAAGGCAGGACUGUUUCCAACAUUAUUUUUACAUUCUAACAAAUGAGUUCCAGAUAUUUAAUUACUGGACUUCAGAAGAGAAAGGAUGAAAUUUAAAGGUGGGUUACACUGAGGUACACAAAUACCUUUCAGGUCGUAUGGACCCUAAGGAGUUUAUCAGCCAAAUUCUAGCUACUCUCAGAAGGGGAGAAAAUAAGAUUCCUGUGGCAUCUGAGGUAUUGUAAUCCUUCUCCUAUUAAAACACUGGAAGCUGUAUCUCUCAUUCAUUCAGUGAAAGCAGGAGUGAGACACUGCGUAUUGCACACAAUGCCUAGGUUUCUCACCUGUAUUAGUACCUGAGCUUUUUCAAAUGUGUUCUAUUUCUGACUAUUAAUAGUUAAGCACAGUAGCUGCUUAAAAAGCUAGAUAGCCUUCAAAUUAGACUUCUGUCUUUCCAGUACUUGGUUACAGAGCAGUUGCUGUUGUGCUCUGCAACAUUUUAUCUGCAGCCUAUGUUAACCCAUGUUAACAAUGUUAUACACCAUCCAAUAUUUAUAAUCUAAAUAAAAUGUGAUAAUUUACAUUGUGAGCCUUUCUUUCCAAGGCGAGAGAUGGAAACACCAUACAAAAUUUUUUGUAUCUCAAAUCAACCUGUGUGUAUCUGAGUUUCUUGAGAACUUAUUAAACAAGACAUGAUGCAAAUAUAGACUGAAAUAUUUGUUACCCGCUUAUAUGAUCUAAACCAUAGUGAUGUGGUCUCUGUAAUUUAGGACAAAUGGGGUAAAGCAGGCUAAAUACAUGGAUUUUUCCACAAGACUGUUUCUUGUAGAAAUGCCUAGUCACCACAAUACCAAAACUAAUGUUACAGGAUUUAAAAUUUCUUUAUGUGAUAUUUGGACUAAUCUACUGAAGAAUAUGCUAUGAAAUACUGCAUGCUUAUCUGAUUUCCACUUGUAUUCUACUGUACCUCACACUGCUGUUACAAAUAAAUUUUGUUCAAAAAAAGAAAAGGCA